GGACGACGAUGACACCGAGAUCGCCACGAGGCCUACACGCGCCGACAUCCGUGUAUUUCCUCCAAUUUUUCGGAAUCGACGGUAAAGCUGACGUCACCGCGGAUAAUCCGACGAAAAUGUUAUUUUAAAUACGAGGAAAAUGACAUUCGUCGAAAAAAGAAAAUUAAUUUACGUACUUGAAUGCGACAACAGCGAUAAUUAUGAAAUUAUCGAGGCACGAGCUUGUCCUAACGGCGCGGCAUAUCGUUGAAUUAUUCGAACGACCUCAUCUCGAGCUAAGCUCGUUCGAAGAUUCCUAUAAAUUUAUGUCGCUAAAUGAGUAAAUGUAACGUAAAUAAUUAUGCGUAAUUGUCGAAGGAAACGAUAAGAGUCUAUUGUUUUAUUCGCCUCGAUAUUGGAAACGGAUAACGAAGUAAACCUUGCUUGCUCACUUUUCUUUUUUUUUUUUAAAUCCUUCACGUUUUUUCGAAAAAACUGAGCAAUCACGGAAAGUAGUGAAAAGUGUUGGUCGGUCGGAUAAAGUCAUAAUGAAUGAUAUCGACAACCGUUCUCGAAAUCAAAGUCGAUCCGAUAAGCCAUAAUCUAGCUUUUUUUUUACGUUUGUUUUGUGUUUUUCAACUAAUGUCCGCUUGAUCCGCAUACUUAUGUCGUUUCUUGUUCUUUGUUUAAAAGAUCGAGAAAAAGUGAAAUUCAAAACUACCUUCUUUAAUCUUCUAAAUGCUUUUCGUUCGGGGUUGUGUCAACUCUUUACCGUACGGCUUAGUAACGGGACACCGCGAGAUUUGCUCUCGAAAGUUUUUGUCGUCAGAACCAUGAUUUCGAAGGAUCUUUGUGGUCCUUCUCAUGGAUUUUUCGAGAUCCAUCUUUUGCGAUCGUGGAUGACCGAUCGGCAGACAUUUCGCAUACAUAUAAACGAUCGAGCGAAGAAAUACGCGAAGAAAGGAAGUAUUCUCCGGGGCGUAGGAAAUAAUACAUUCUCAGAAAGAAAUCGCGUAUUUUUGAGAAGGGCGUGUCACCUAGCAGUGCCCUAAAUAGAGGAAAGGAAAGAUGCUAUGCUAAGACCGGAAGUAUGCAAAUCUCGAAAAGUCUGUUGGCAAAACUUACGGCCGGUGGUCCGAAGAUAAAUCGUAAAGUAAUUACCGAGGUGCCCCGUCGAUUUUCCUCAAUGUGUUGUAGGUUACUGGAUUUUUCCUCUUCCUUUCCUUAAUGUUCCUUUUUUUCUUUUCUCUUCUUUUUCCUUCCUUUCGAUUAAUCCAUCAAAUCGUCCGAGCUCGAGAUGCAUCUCUGCGUCAAUGAACGUAACGAAUAACAAACACGUUAUAUCUAUAUUUAAUAAAUUACGGACCGCAAGGUGAUUCGUUGAAAGAAAAUAAAUAACGUAGAACGAAUAGCUACUAUCGACGCGUUUAGACAUUGACUACACUUAUUAAGAUCACGUAGGAAGCUUAUAGCACGUUAUAAAAAAAUAUUUUUACGUCCUUUACCUGUUAUCGGCACCUCGUUUCUACGGAAUAGCUACUCUUGCUUAAUACCCAAACAUUCGACAUUUUCGAAGAACGUCACAGGCUUCAUUGCAUAAGUUUAUUAUCGGCAUUUCUUUUUAAAAUUCCUAUGCAACAAUACGUACCGAACGAUUAACAAUCAAGGAAGGAAGAUUUGUCCAUGACAAAAUCGUUGUUACGAAAAUCACUUAAAAAUUUUAUGCCCUAUAUUUUGCCUUUUCUAUUAUGUUUUUAUCACCCUUUUUCUAUCAUUAGAGAAAUUCAUGUAAUUUUUUUCCACAUUAUUAACACAAUAUGGCCAAACGAUUAUCUCGAUAUAUUAUUACGUAGGUAGGUACAUACUAUUCGUACGUACAAGUUUUGACCAUAGUUCGAAUCAUUUUUCUUUUUUUUAAAUUUUUAUGAAAAAAAGCACAAUCGAUGAGUAAUCGAAAUUCUAAUUGUGACAUAUUUUUUUUCCAACGUCGAUUAUCCCGAAUAACGAGAUCGUGAGGAACGCAUUUACGGCAUAAAAUCGUCGAAUCGCGAUAGGGAAAAUUAUCUUCGAAAAUGAGCUAAGAAGCAAUAACGGAUUGUAGAUAACGAACGACACGUGGAAAGAAAGUUUCGAAGAAAAGCUAUUAAAAAAUCACGUAGGCUUUUGUCACCGAAAAUGCGAAUCGAAGAGCUUUGUCUCUCUCUCUCUAUUGCGUUCACAUUUACGUUUCAACGAGUUGAAAUACGAGAGAAAAAAGUAGGAGAAAUUUGUAUAGACACAAGCAUGGAAAAGUCUUCUCCUUUUUUUUUUUCGAGGAGAAUUUUUCGAGACGAAGAAUAAAUUAGGCGUUGUCAUUUUGGAGAAAAUAACUUUCCGCGAUCUCUUUCUUCGAUCGAACGAAUAAGAAUGACCGCGUGAGUACAGGAAAGAGUUAGGAAGAAAGAAAAGACAUCUAGGUCCACAGAGAUCUAGAAGAAGAAAAGAGAGAUUAUUUUGGCUCGACAAUUACUCGAAGAAGGAAGAUUUCGAUCCGCAAGAAAAGUGUCUUUUAAUUCCUAAAGCUCUUUAGGCAAAUUCACGAGUAGCCGCCCGUAGUCCUAAACGGCCACAAGUACGAUACAAAAUGUCCAUUAUAUCGGUCAUAAAUCACGUAGCAACGGGUAAAGAAACAACGUCUCUUAUGGGAUGUAGAAAAAAUGAAGAUCGAGGUACAAGGAAAGAGUGUCUUAAGAACGAAAGGGUUGAACGUGCGUUACUUAACGAGCUCCUCGACCUGGAACGACGUGACGUCCUACUGCGACUAGGAAAAUCUUCGACUGUCAAUUUUACAUUUUCGUUAACUCCUCGCUAUUGCGUGAAGUUUAAGAAGGUACCUGACAAUGGAUCUCUAUCGGUCAGUGAAACUUUUGACAAAUCUUGCGGUACGUCUCGCAGAAUUGGACCUACGGAUAUUGGCCCCUUGAGACGUUUUAUUACAAUACUCUUUCGUAAAAUACUUUCUUUCGUUAUUUUUACUUACAUAGGUAUGCGAGACACGCGCACGCAAUUUUCAUUUUUAGGUACAUUUUGAGGCACUUUGAACGUAUUUUUUUCGAGUCAACGAAGAUACAUACCUUACUUUUAUUAAAUAGUGAUUAACAAGCUACAUAAUAUUACGUAAAUAACAGUUUCAUUUAAGAUCGAGAGGAUAGAUCGCUUAAUAACAUACGAAACACGAACAAAGAGUCUUUAUUUCAACCUAUGAAUAGCUUGUUUGUAAACAAAACGUUUAGAAGAGAUUUGACAACAUCCAUCUACUUCUCCUUAAGGCUUUCCCGGAGAAAUUAUGCCUCCCCCCUCCCCAUUUCCUAAGAAAACCUCCUACCCCUGAAACGCACAAGGGUUGUCGAGUAUAUAAGCGAACGAACAUCCCCUCUCAUUUUAAACGAUCUUGGCAAUUCUUCGAGCGAAGACCGUAAGCGCCGUGGAACUCUUCGUCAGACUGAUUUCUCAACGUUCAAAGUCAUUCUAUUUCGCCUUAGUGACUAUCAUCGCUUUAGAAAGUAUCAUUAGUGUUUUCAUAACAGUACUUUCGGUGUGACCUCGGAUUAAUCAUUGGUCAAGAAGCGGUCUCCUUCUUAUCUCUGUUUCUCCUCCACGUAAAGAAAGACGAUAGACGAAAAAAAGCCAAGAGAUGGAGAUCAAGAUGGAAGAUUCGGCGAACGAAACGAAACCUUUAGAUUUUCGAAACUACUUGUCUUCUUUCGAAGGAAAAAAAGACUCGUCCCCGAUACAUCAGCCGCUCGAUUUUCGAUCCUGUCUGUCGCUACGAAAGUGUUUAAAGGAAGAGUCGCCAUUGGAGGAGAAAGAACCGGUUUUAGAUUUGUCGUGUAAAAAAAUCCUUAUUUUACCCUCGUCCAGUGAAAAUGACGUUCGCGAAGGAAAACAAAAGAUGCUCGAAUCAUCUACCGACGCGAAACUAUCUGCGAACGUUAAAUCUCAUAGCAGAACGGAUAGCAAAAGUCCCUUCGAGGGUCGCAGUUUCAUGGUCACCCCACCGUCGGAAUCGGAUUCACCGAAGAAAAUCAAGUUCGAAGAGGAUGCCGAGAGCGCGUCGACGGUGACCAAUAACGUCGAAGGAUAUUCUCUUUUACCGAUCAACGUUCCGACAGUACCAUCGAUAUUACCUACCUUGCUCACGGUAAAUUCCGACGGAACGAAAGAAAAAAUAUGCGCGAAAAUACAAUCGCCCACUACGACGACGCCGACGAUAUCGACUAACGUAUUGUCGGCGGACGCUCCGAGAAAAAUACCUAGACCCUUUAAAGCUUAUCCUCUGACUCUCACGGUGAGUACGCCGGAUAUGAUUUAUAAUCAAAAUUCCAACGAAACGUACUCCGAAUUUCGAAGUCGCAUGCUCGAGAACGUUAGACGUCAGAACGAAACGACGAAUCUUAAAAUGCGCAGAUCUAACAAAAAUACAACGGUAUUGCCGACGAGUACCGUGGAUGAGAAGGACGCUGCUUAUUGGGAGAGAAGAAAAAAAAAUAAUGAAGCGGCUAAACGAUCGAGAGACGCUAGGAGAGCGAAAGAAGAUGAAAUUGCAAUAAGAGCAGCUUUCCUCGAGCAGGAAAAUAUCAAAUUGAAAUACGAAUUGGCAGCGCUCAAAAAUGAAACUGCUAAGCUCAAGUGUAUGAUAUACUCGACGUAGAAUUUCUUACGUUUCAUCGAAUUUUGAUUUCAAAAUAGUAUCGUUUUUUUAUGUUCUAUUGUCUCUCUAUUUCCAACUUAUUAAGGGAAUAAUCGAUCGUUUUCUGUAUAUAUACAUGUUAUACACACAUCAUUCUGUAUAUAUGCAAAUACAUACAUAUAUACAUAUAUUUAUGUAUACUUAUGUGUUACUAAGUAUUAUACAUACAUAUAUAUGUAUACUUAUGUGUGUGCGUUCGAUAUAUUCGCAAAACGUUACUCGACGAGAUUACUUCUUCCGAGCUAAGCGAAAGACAAUGAACAAUGUGAAACCAAAAAAUUAGAUU